AUGGUCAAGAAAACUAAUUAUUUAUACGGAUGGGAAGUGGAAUCGAGGGGGAAAGUCGGUGCUGCGGUGGUGGUAGAGGCCACUCGUGAGCACCGCCACUGCCAGAUGGGCACGGAGCAAGACUCAACAGUCUACUCUACAGAGCUCCGGGCCAUUGAGAUGGCGACAGAACUCGUACAAGAGCACGCCCAAGCUGCUCUCCAAGCGCUUCUCCGCCCACGUAUGCCUUCUGGUCAGGUCUACCUCCGUGGAGCUAUCGAAAACCUUCAAAAACUCGCAGAACAAGAUAUCCAGGUCGAGCUCCGCUGGAUCCCCGCUCACCAGGGGAUUCCAGGCAACGAGCUCGUGGACGAGCACGCGAAGCAGGCAGCAAAAGCAGAGGUUCCAGGCCCGCACGACCGGCAUAUUAAGCUCGCCGCAGCGGCGAGGCGAGGUAUUCGGGAGCGGGCGAAGAUCACGUGGGAGGCAGCGUGGGAGAAGGAGAAGAAGGUUGGGCAGGCGACAAAGCGACUGAUUCCGGUGCCCACGAAGAAGGUUCUAGACUACUAG